AUGUCAACAUUAGUAUCCUCCUGUGCUGAUAAUGGGUCUUCACAUAACCCAAUAUCACAUCUCUCAAACAGAUUCUUUCAAGACGCAGCUAGUAUUGCUACAGCCUCUUCCUCAAGGGCACUUUUAUCAAAUAUCGAACAAGGGAAGAGAAAUACAUCAAAUUCUUUUCGUUCUUAUUCAACAUCUACGCCAGAAAGUGACUGGUUAAAAGGUGAUAAUGGAGAAUGGAACCAUUUGUUUCAACAGAAUGUUCAAGGUCGCGAACAGUAUUCAAAAGAGUUUGUAACUAGUUCAUUUAUGUCAGAAGAAGAUAAAGAGGAGGAAGAAUAUCGACAAGAAUGGAGUGAUGAAAAUUUCACCCAAGUUUAUGUCAAGCAAAAUGGUUUAGACAAAUUACACAAUAAUAUUAGAACGCGACGAAAUUCCUAUUCUUCGCAAACAAAUUCGUUUGUUCAAGAGUUUUUACAAAAUUCAUCAAAUGAUACCGUAAAUUAUCAUCAACAAUCAACCACCAUCUAUACAGAUCAUUGUGAUUUGUUUCAAGCUCAAAUUUAUCUCCUUGAUCACCUUUUUUCCACCAUUUUAACAUAUCCAAUUUCAACUUAUAGACCUUCACCAACAACUGAAUGGAAUUGGAAUAGAUUGUUUUCUCCAACGCGUUGGUGUGAUAAAGAAGAGGAAGAAAAUGAUGACGAUAAACCAUUACGAAACGAACUUCUUAAAAAUGUCGCGAUUGGUAGAUUACAAUUAUUGUUGGGACAUUUGAUAGUUUGUACUGAUAAUGAAAAUAGUAAUAAACAAAAGGAAGAGUCAGGGUGGGGGUGGGAGUGGGAAUUUUAUAAUUCUUGA